ACGGUUGACCCAAUCCAAAAACACAAACUUUUUAAAGCGAAAAGUCUGCCAAAAUCUCUGUGGUUCGAAGCUUUUCUCCUUCACAAAAAAAAAAUGAAGAUUUCUCUCUUCCUCCUCUCUAUCCUCAUUCUCUUACCCAUCUCCCUACAAGAUCCUACUCCUGAAGUCAAGAAACCAACUCGUGCACACGCAGAGCUCACGAAUCAUGGAUUCCCAAUUGGACUCCUACCUUUAUCUGUCAAAGAUUACUUCCUCAACCAAACCUCCGGCGACUUCUCUCUUUUCCUCAACGGAGCAUGCAAAAUCACGCUUCCACCUGAUAACUACAUCGCUACUUAUUCUAACAAAGUAACGGGUCGGAUCUCUCAGGGUAAGAUCGCGGAGCUCCAAGGGAUUCGGGUUCGGGCGUUUUUCAAGUCGUGGUCUAUUACUGGGAUUCGAUCUUCUGGAGAUAAUCUUGUCUUUGAGGUUGCUGGGAUAACUGCUAAAUACCCUUCGAAGAAUUUCGAUGAGAGUCUUGAUUGUGAAGGGAAACGAUCUUCUUCUUGAUUUCAAUUUGAAUUAAAGGUUAGAACUUUGGGAUCUUUAGGGUUCUACAAAUUUAGGGCUUUUGAAUUUAGUUGAAAUCUUAGCUUGGUUCACUAGUUUUGGAUUAGAUUGCUUGGUUAGGGUUUUGUUCUAUUUGUUAUGUGGAAUUUGACUUCUGACGUAAUAAUCCAUUGACUUAGCUUGGAUCAUUGUUUUUGAAUCUCUGGAACUGCAAUGGAUUUAAAGGUUGGAUGUUAGUAGCUUCCUAUAAGUCCUUGGUCUUUGUUUUCUUUCUUCAUAGUUGUUAGUAGUCUGUCAUACCAAGCUUUAAUAGAUGCUUUAUUGCUGCUCUUAGUUCUUCGCCAUGACCUUACCGUCGGAUAUAGAGGCAGAUAUAGUCUUUGUUGUUAUGGUUUUGGCAUUUGCUAGCUUCUUUCCUUCACUGUUGGACUUGAUCUUUUGAUAGGUUAAGCCUUUCAUGGCAAACUGUAAUACUAACUGUCGUGAAAAGAACCUCCUCUGUAUUGGUCUGCGAUGCCACAUAUUCUUAGACCACGAUGUUAUGGUCUUCUUUGGCAGAUCUGUGAAGGCAGGGAUCGACAAGUGAAGAAUGGUUUGUAAUAUAUUGUAUCUCCAUUAGAUAAAUCAAAGCUUGUAAUGUAAAACCGCAAUAACCACGACUGUGUUCUCUGCAAACUAAGGGUUUCAAUGUUUCAUGGAGGCUUGUAAGUUGUCAAUCAAAUAUGGGUUAAAAUGUGAUAUUAUUGGACUAAAACAAGCAGGACCAAUUUGUGUAUUUUCUAGAAAGCCAUGAAAUUAGUGUACAUAAAUAACUAACUAAUGGAGAUUACUUGUAUUUUCUAAAACCGAAGUAUAUUACGGAAAUCCAGACUAAUCUCAAGAGACAUGUAAAAACCCGGUAUUCUUGUCACUACUGGUGUUUACCGUGGCCAAAAGGUUAACUACAAUGAUUUUCAUAGAGAGUGUUACUCGAUCCUCGACUUUGACAUGUAUGGUGACUUGGUGAGUCCUCGACAAAUUCAAGAGACCAUUGGAACACACACUAUUGGUCACGACUAUAUUACGAGAAAGAUUGAAUGUUAU